AUGGAGCGUUGUAAAUUCAACCGUGCUAAGCAAGAAUCGAAUGAGUCCGUAGCGGAAUUCGCCACAAGACUGAAAAAAUUAGCUAUCGAUUGCAACUUCGGAACCCACUGGGGAAAGGCCAUGCGAGAUCAGUUUGCGACGGGCAUUCGAGACGAAUCAACGAGAUUCGAAUUUUUUAAAAGCAAAGAAAUUACAUUUGAUCAAGCACUCGAGGAAGCAUUACCGAGAGAAGAGGCGACACAAAAUUCCGUCGGAGCAGCUCAAACGCUAGUGAGUAGAAGCCAUAAACAAGAGAGUUUCGCUUUAGGUCAAAAAAGACAAAAUAAAAAUAAAAAAAAGCAGAGUUCUUCGGAAGUUAAAUGCUACUGUUGUGGAAAAGCGGGGCACGAGACAAACGAAUGUAAAUAUCGCGACAGAAAAUGCGACUUCUGCCUCAGAAAGGGACACCUCAAACGAGCCUGUAUCAGAAAGAUGAAAUUGUCGAACAAAUUUCUGGAGGAGAACAGCAGCAGCAGCGAGUCGGAGGAGGAGAUCAGCGACCAGGUCAGCGGGAGCGGCCCAUCGCGUAGCAGCAACUUCAUUGACUUCCACAACAUCAACUCAGAGGUAAUUACAAGCGACAGCGAUGCGACGCGCGCGGCUCCGAUAUUUUUCGAUGUGAAAAUUAACGGAAAAAUAGUUGCGAUGGAAUUCGAUUCGGGAACUUAUUUCAGCGUGAUGUCUGAAGGUUUCGUAAACAAAACAUUCGGUAGUUUGAAAGUGACUAGAUCAAAAACCAAAUUAAUAUCAUACGAAAAUAAAACCAUGGAAUCGCGAGGUCAAUUGAAAAACUUAACGGUUACUUUUAAUAACAAAACAAAAGUCUUGAGUUGCUUAGUGUUGAAAGGCGAUAAAAUUCCACUGAUAGGGAGGCAGUGGCUCUCAAUAUUCGGGCUUUGGCCUUUAGAACGUUUACUGCACUCAGACAUCGUAGCUAAGAGUAAAAUGGGUAUAUAUAGCAUGCAAGCCGAGGGAGUGCGCGAGUCAAUAUUAAAAGAGUUCGAGAAGCUGUUUAGCGACACGCCCGACGUGUACAACAAGCGCAAAGUGAAAAUACAUAUCAAACCGAACGUAAAGCCGGUGGCGCUUGGAGCAAGGCAUAUGCCGUACGCGUUACGUCCAAAAACCGAACAAGAACUCGAACGGUUAGUUAAACUAGGUAAUUUAAAAAAAGUAGAAUCGAGCGAAUGGGCAACGCCUAUAGUCCCUAUUCAAAGGUCUAACGGAAAAAUAAGAAUUUGCGGGGAUUUCAAACUAACCUUGAAUCCACACUUACAAAUUACAAAACGCCCGCUACCAAUGAUUGAUGAUAUUUUUGUAGUAAUGCAACACGGAAAAAAAUUUUCGCAGUUAGAUUUGCCGCACGCGUAUAUGCAGUGCGAAGUAGAGGACGAGUCGCAAAAGUAUUUAACAAUAACUACUCAUAAGGGGCUUUAUCAAUACACGCGGUUGUCGGAUGGCAUUAGCAUUGCUCCAAGCGAAUUCACGCACAUAAUGUCAGAAUGUUAG